GACGCGCACGCACACACCAAAAAAACACUUCUGUUGCUUAAUGGUUGUCCGGUAAACCAAUCAAGCGUAGAAUAAUAGAAAGAGGCCUCUCAACCAAAUGCCCCUCCUCCUUUCGGCGUGGGAAUUGAAUUCUCCCUCUCCUCCAUCGCUCCUCGUUUUGGGAGAUCCUUAUCCAAUAAUUUCACCCCUUCGAUCUAGAAAUUGCCAGUUCGGGUCUUGAAUUCGCUGCUAUUGGCCGAGAAAGGCGGGAAUUCUGUUGGGAGAUCCAGCACCAGGAAGCCAUUCUGGAUCGGACUGGCUAGGGUUCUGUGAGGCGGAGAUGAAGGUGGUCUUUGGGAGCCCGGGGACGUGGAGCGGGCUGCUGCUGAGGACUGGGCAGUGGGUUUUCGCCGGGGCUUCCAUCGGGGUGAUGCUCUCCGCCUUCGGCUUCUCCAAUUACACCGCUUUCUGCUACUUGAUUGCUUCUAUGGGACUACAAGCUCUAUGGAGUUUGGGUCUUGCAUGCCUAGAUAUCUAUGCUCUAAAGGUGAAAAGAGAUUUGCACAACCCUUUGCUAGUAAGUUUGUUCGUGGUGGGUGAUUGGGUAACGGCAGCUCUGUCACUUGCGGCGGCAUGCUCGUCGGCAGGUGUGACGGUUUUGUUCGUGAGGGACACAGAUUUCUGCAAAGCAUAUCCUCAGUUCUCAUGUGGCAGAUACCAAAUUUCCACUACCAUGGCAUUCAUCACAUGGCUGUUAGUUGCAACAUCUUCCCUAGUCAUGUUUUGGAUCUUGACAUCUGCUUAAGUUUACAUGUACAUUGUAUUUUUUUUCUUUUUUUCUUGUAGCAUCAGUCUCUGUAAAGAAACAAAAAAAAAAUAUUGUAAUUUGAAUAUCGCCUUUGCACGUAGCAUGAA